AUGAACGCAAUACUUGUUACCGGUGCCACAGGCAAACAGGGAGGCUCGCUGAUCAGAACCCUCGUCGCCAAAAAGGCUCCCUUCGAAAUCAUCGCCGUCACCCGAAAUUCACAGUCGCCCUCGGCCCAGCGUCUCGCCCAGUUAUCGUCAAACAUAAAACUGGUCGAAGGGAACCUUGAUGACCCAGCGGCAGUUUUUAAGAGCGCUCAGAAAUCUACCAAGUUUCCUAUCUGGGGUGUCUUUAGUGUACAGGUAGCCAUUGGCAAUGAAGCUCUAGAAGAGGCCCAAGGCAAGGCCUUGAUUGAUGAGUCCCUGAAACAAAAGGUCAAGUUCUUCGUGCAGACCUCCGUCGACCGAGGUGGUGAGGCGAAAUCGCCUAACAACCCAACGCGCAUCCCACACUUUAUAAACAAGCAUAACAUCGAGCGCCACCUGAUGGACAAGACCAGUGUCAAAGGCAAUGAGAUGCAGUGGCUUAUUCUGCGUCCGGUAGCGUUUUUUGAGAACCUCGUCCCGGGCUUCUUCGGCAAGGUCUUUGCGACAUGCUUCAAGAUGGCACUGAAAGGAGCGCCGUUGCAGCUAGUGGCGACCAGCGACAUUGGAUUCUUUGCUGCUGAGGGGUUUCUGCACCCCGAGCAGUACGCGGGUCAGGGGAUCUCGAUUGCUGGCGACGAGUUGACCUAUGACCAGUUUGUGGGAGUGUUUGAACGCAAAACUGGGCAAAAGAUUCCGUCGACCUUUCGACCGCUUUGCUCGCUUUUCAUGGCUAUGGUGAAGGACAUGGGGUACAUGUUUCAGUGGUUCCACGAUGAAGGCUACAGGGCGGAUAUUGCUGAGCUGAAGAAAAUCCACCCUGGUUUGAAAGAUUUUGGGACUUGGUUAGAGACGGAGAGUGAGUUUAUGAAGCGGUGA